AUCCACUUUUUAGGUGCUUCGGACGGAGUACCGCUUUGGGAUAGAUACUCAAGAGUCAUUCAUUUCUUGGAUGGUUGUGAGGAUCUUUUUAUAAGGUUAUUGGUGUCCUCUUUUUUCUGGGGGUCUUGGUACUACUACUUUUUACUCUUCUAUACUACUGAUUUACGGAUAUCGUUCACUACGUACACUUCUACCAACAUCUACAAUAUGUGCCAAUCCGACACUCCCCAUGAAUCCCACUGGCACGCCUUCCUCCAAGGCCUGCCCAAAUGCGAACACCACGUCCAUCUGGAAGGCUGCCUCACCCCCAGCCUGAUCUUCGACCUCGCCUCUAGAAACAAUGUCCAACUACCCCAAACCCCCGAAUACACCUCCAUCGACACUCUCACCGCCCGGUAUGGCAACUUCUCCUCCCUCGAUGACUUCCUCCACUUCUACUUCAUCGGCAUGUCCGUGCUGCACCACGAGUCCGACUUCUCUGAUCUCGCCUGGGCCUAUUUCCAAAAAGCGCACGCCGACGGCGUCCACCACGCCGAAGUCUUCUUCGAUCCCCAGGUUCACCAGGACCGCGGCAUUCCGUACGAGACCAUCGUGCGCGGGUUCGUGGCGGGGUGUGAGCGCGCCGAGAAAGAGCUGGGUCUCUCGACCAAGUUGAUUCUCUGCUUUGUGAGGCACUUACCUGUUGAGUCGGCGGAGAAGACGUACCAGAAGAUUCUGGAGAACGGGCAUUUUGAAAGUGAGGUUGUGCAUGGACUGGGGUAUUCGUCGAGCGAGGUUGGCCCGCCCAAGGAUAUGUUUAGGGAGAUUUAUGCCUCGGCUAGGGAGAGGGGCGUCAGGUUGACGGCUCAUGCGGGGGAGGAGGGCGAUCCCUCGUAUAUUAGUACGGCGUUGGAGAUGGGAGCGAGGCGCAUUGAUCAUGGGAUUCGGUUGGUGGAGGAUGAGGUGCUUAUGGAGAGGAUUGCGAGGGAGGGCAUUCUGUUGACGGUUUGUCCGUUGUCGAAUGUGCAGUUGAAGUGUGUGAAGGAGGUUGGAGAGGUGCCGAUUCGGAAGUUCUUGGAGAAUGGUGUCAAGUUCUCCAUUAAUAGUGAUGAUCCGGCGUAUUUUGGGGGCUAUAUUUUGGAUAAUUAUUGUGCCGUGCAGGAGGCGUUUGGGUUGAGUGUCUUGGAGUGGAAGACUAUUGCUGUUAACAGUGUGAGUGAGAGUUGGAUUGAGGAGGAGAGGAAGAUGGAGUUGAUUAGGAGGAUUGAGGACCAUGUUGGAAGGUUUGCGCAUUUGGCUUAGUUAGUUUUAUUCCUACCUGGUGAUAUAGAAGGGUAUGGGUAUGGUGUAAUGAGUAGAUGAUAGAUGCAUAUUGAAUAAAGCGUG